AUGGGAAAAAGUGUGCAAGUCGGUCAUGCUAUUCUCUGCUACUCUAACGUCUUCGGCCCGGAGGCGACACAGGAGGACGUGUACAAUACAACUGUUGGGGAGGUUUUGGACGCCGUCCUCGACGGAUUCAAUGGCGCAGUUUUCGCGUACGGCGUUACUGGCAGUGGCAAGACAUUCACGAUGAUGGGAAGUGGAGAGAACAAAGGUUUGAUCCCGCAAUCAUUCGGAGAGCUAUUUUAUAAACUGAAUGCUCGGCCGGGAGCGACCAUCUCGGUGUCCUUCCUCGAAAUCUACGGAAAGAAACUCGUGGAUCUCCUUAACACUGAUGCAAGAGCACUCUCGGCAAAGACGAAUACUACCACGAACUUGGAGAUAUGUGGCAACAGCACGAGAAUCCACGUUCGGGGCAUAACGGAAAUCGUCGUUAAAAACGAGACACAGGCCUUGGAGGUCCUCCAAGACGGAUGUAAGAUGCUGCACUUUCGUCAAACGGAGUGCAAUGAGUCAUCGAGUCGAUCACAUGCAGUGUUUACCAUCAAUUACACCAGUUGUGCCGGGCGUCGCUCUAAGCUGGUCUUGAUUGAUCUAGCAGGGAGUGAGAACGUCAAGAGGAGCAAGGUGAACAGAGACGGUGUGAAGGAGGCCGGAGAGAUCAACUCCAGUUUGUCUGUGCUGGGCCGUGUUGUUGAAGCCUUGAACAGUGGCAGCUCGCAUAUCCCUUACAGGGAGUCUCUAUUGACCCGUCUCCUCCAGGAUUCUCUGGGGGGCAGUUGCAAAACUUGUAUGAUAGCAACCAUUAAUCCCGAACGAAGGAAAGAAAGUGAAUACCGGCAGACUAUGAAUACACUACAGUUCGCGCAGCGCAUGAGCAAGGUCGUGAAUCGCCCAAAAGUUGUCGCCAUCGAUAACGUUGAUAAGCGGGGCAGCGGUUUCAACCGACGAGAAUUAGAGGAAACGAUGACUCGCACGAUGGAAGAGUUCAAAUCCGAGUUCAAAGGCUGGAGAGACAAUCUGGAAAAUCUCGUUGGACAGAACAACCGGACGUCUUUCGCCGAGCUAGAGGAAGUUAAGCGUGUCCACAGGGAAAACAUCGGAGCGAAAGAGCAGCAUAUCGAGGACGUGCAACUUGAGGCUGCUAGAGAUGAAAUUGAGCGGCUCCGCGCGGCAGUGUCGGACCGUUCACGAGAGGCAGAACGUUAUAUAGAGGAAACUAAUGAGAAACACCGCAGGGAAACUAGAAAGCUGAAUGAGGAACUGGUAUCUGCUGCUGCCGCCGCAGCCUGCAACCAACAGACCGCUGCUAGACUAGAAGCCGAGCUGAUAGAGAUGAAGAGACAAGUUCCUCGCACUCAUGGGUUGACAUCACAACUGGAAGUCCAAGGUGCUGAGAUUCAGCGUUUACGUGCAGCACUGGAAAGCGUGACCAGAGAGAGGGAUGAAGCGAUGGGGAAGAUGAACAUCGUUUCCAACGACGUCGGUACGGUGGCGAAAAGAGAUGAGAACGCCAAAGUGAGUAAUUUUAAAAAAUAA